GCGCACACAUACACGCCUGCUUCUUGCAUUCGCUCGGGUUUUUGGCGGAGAUGGCGAACGAGCGUCUCCCUCUCCGACGGAGGGAUUCGCUGCCUGGAAAAGAGGACGCGCAGACGCCGGAGGUCGAGGUGGUUAAGGUCUCCGCGGCGGGAGGCGGCGGAGACGAUGGCGGCAGUGGAGGGGAGUCGGAGGCGUUGGUGGUGGCGGAGCUCUCCGAUCACCAGCUUCGGGAGAAGAUCCAGCGGUUGGCGGGUCAUCUCUCCUCCGGAAUGCCGGGCCGGUUGCCGGACAAGGGCGUGAAGCUCCGCGCCCACCUUCGGCAGCUCCAGGACGAGCUUGACCGCCGGAAGCUCGCGCCGCGCCGCAAGGAUGUUGGAGAACAUGACGCUGCUGCACAAUCAAGAACCACAAAAUCAUCUGGUAAGACUAAAGAAUCCAAUGAAAGUCUUGAAAUAUCUGUAUCACAUUCACAACCCUCGUCUGCACUCCAAUUUCUCCACAAGUUACAGAGCAAGGCAGAUGCUACGUCUAACAAGGACUUGAGGGAUAUUACUCUGAACAAGUGCAAAAGUUCAAGUGAAAGCGAAUGCCAAAUGCAUGAGAGAAGACAGCCAAAAGAGAUAUCAUCACAACCAGCUAGAAUGUCUACCAGAGAAUCACCUUUCCCAUCUUCUACCACCAUUGCCAACAAAGAUGAACAAAGAGCUCCUAAUGGUGAUCUCCAGGCUUUUGAAUCUUUUAGCACUUCUUCGGCUCAUUUGGGAGAAAAUUAUUCCAGCCCUUCUACUAGAAAGAGGAGAAUUUCUGAAGCUAGAGAUUCAUUGAACUUGAAGACAAAAAAGGUUCAGGAGGUGGUCCUCUUGGAUGAAGAAAUUCAACCUGUACAGCCAAUACAAAUAGAUGACUCUGAUAAAUGGAAGGAGGCAAUAAUCUAUUAUCCUUCAAGGGAUGAUCCUGAGUCUGUUGAGAUUGCUUAUGCAGACUUAAAAUGUCUCGAGCCUGAAUCGUAUUUAUCAUCACCCAUAAUGAACUUUUACAUUCAGUACCUCCAAAGGUUGGUAUUGCCGGUAGGUAGACCAGGAGGAGAAUACUAUUUUUUCAACACAUACUUUUAUAAGAAACUUGAGGAGGCUCUUUCGUGCAAGGGAGAUAGGAAUGCAUAUUUUGUAAAAUUGAGGAGGUGGUGGAAAGGUGUAAAUAUAUUUCAAAAGGCUUAUGUCUUCUUGCCGAUACAUGGAGAAUAUCUAAAAGAAGAAUGGAACUACAUAAAUCAAAAUGCUCCUCCUCCAGAUGUUCCAAUUUCAGAAAGGAUAUGGAAACAUCUUCCCCGAAGGAUUGAGAAGAAAAAAAUUGAUGUUCCUCAGCAGAACAAUGAGUAUGAUUGUGGCCUAUUUGUACUUUACUUCAUGGAGCGAUUUAUUGAAGAGGCUCCUGAAAGGCUAAGAAAGAAAGAUCUAGCCAUGUUUGGUCGCAAGUGGUUUCAACCUGAAGAUGCUUCUGGCUUGAGAAAGCGAAUACGGGAUCUGCUUCUUGAAUUAUUUGAGAAUGCUGAGAUGGAGAAUGGCAGAAUAGAACCAACACAUCCUCUGGCAUCUGCGCUGCAGUCUAAAGAUGACUGACAGCAAUGCUUUGAACCUUGGGCAUGCUUGGACGCACAAUUAAUGGAUCUGAAGAUAAUCUUGAGUAGGAUUUGGGGCAAGGUUAAUGUACAGAAAUGGUCAAGGUCCAUGGGCUUGCCAAUCCAAAGAUCUAAGCCAAUGUACUCUCCCUUCUGCCAAUGUCUUCUCACUGUGCUCCCACAUUGUUGGAAGAAAAGUAGGCAGGACAAUUUUGCUCUUGGAUAAUGUUAAUCAUUCAGUUGAGCAAGAAUCGCUGCAUGAGUCCAUUGUGGACAAGCUAUUUACUUGGUACCAGCCCAGGUAUCGGGGGCUGGUUCACGCUUAGAGAGGAAAUGAUGUGAAAAUGAAACCUAGCAAAACAAAUUCUCAUUGGUGACUCAGUUUGCUGAUGAUUGUGUUAUAAUAGAACAGAGUGAAGCUGCAGCAUAACCAUGGCUGGCAGCCACUGCCAAUGUCUUCUCACUGUGCUCCCACCUUGUUGGAAGAAAAGUGGACAUGGCAAUUUUGCUCUUGGAUAAUGUUAAAUCAUUCAGCUGAGUAAGACUUGCUGCAUGAGUCCAUUGUGGACAAACUAGCUACUUUGUGUAAGCCCAGGUGUAUUGGGGCUGGUUAAAGCUUAGAGAGGAAAUGAGGUGACAAUGUUUUAUGAAAGCUAGCAAAACAAAUUCUCAUUGGUGACUCAAUUUGCUCAUGAUCGUGUUGUAAUAGAACAGAGCGAAGCUGCAGCAUAAACAUGGCUGGCAGCCACUGCUGAGCAAGUCGAGCAACUUGCUAGCAUAGCCUUUUCAUUCAUUUGAUAGGCUUGGCUGGGAUGGUCUUUUGGCUCCUCUUCUGACCAGGCAUAGUUUGUAAAGUGAAAAUUUUGAUGGAAAAAUGUACAGUCCAUGUAUAUGCAAUAUUUAAAACUGAUAUAGCUGCACAUAAAAUCCUACCAUUGAUCUGUUUCUUUUUUCUUA